AUGGAUAUCUAUCUACAUGAUCCAAGUGUACGAUGGAAUUCUAUUAUCGGUCUGGAAGCUGCGAAACGCACAAUCAAAGAAGCAGUCGUCUAUCCAAUACGCUAUCCGCAAUUAUUCACUGGAAUCUUAUCACCAUGGAAAGCCUUACUUUUAUAUGGUCCACCGGGUACCGGAAAAACGUUAUUAGCAAAAGCUGUAGCAACAGAAUGUAAAACAACGUUUUUUAAUAUCUCGGCAUCGACUAUAGUUAGCAAAUGGCGUGGAGAUUCAGAAAAACUAGUUCGAGUUUUAUUCGAAUUAGCGCGAUUUCAUGCCCCAUCAACAAUCUUUUUGGACGAGCUCGAUGCGAUUAUGAGUCAACGUGGUGGUAGCAGCAGCACGAACAAUGAACACGAAGGUAGUCGACGAAUGAAAACGGAAUUACUUGUUCAACUUGAUGGAUUAGCUAAAUCCGACGAUCUUGUUUUUCUUCUUGCUGCAUCUAAUCUGCCUUGGUACAUAUGGAACUCGAUCAUGCUAUGUUGA